AUGAAAUCGCUGGUGGUGUUUUUCGCUCUCGCCGCUGUGGCUUGCGGCUCCUACAUUCCUCUGGCGCAGCCCGCGCACCACCCUGCCAUCGUGCUGGACCCUCACGGUCGUCCCCUGGACACCGCUGAAGUUAUCAACGCCCGUGCCGUCCACCUCCAAGCUAAAGCCCUGGAGCCCGCCCAUAUCGGACACGCUGCCGUCGCCGUUGCUCCUAUCGCGCACUCUGCUGUAGUAGCUGCUCCCGCCGUGUACGCCGCCCCCGCUGUGUACGCCGCCCCCGCCGCCGCUGUGUCUCACCAGUCCCGUGUGGAUGUACGCACCAGCCCCGCCAUCGUAGCGCACACCGCCGUAGCCGCCGCUCCCGUCUGGGGUGCUCACGCCGCUCCCUUGUUAGGCCACUCUGCUCUUGGACUCGCCGGUGCCGGACACUACCUCCACAAGCGUUCCCUGGGUUACACCUGGUCUGCCCCCAUCGUCGCCCCAUCCGCGGUCUCCCACCAAUCUCGCGUUGAUGUAGUAUCCAGCCCUGCUGUGGUUUCUCACUCUGUCGCUGCUCCCGUGUACGCUCAAGCCGCUCCUCUGGUUGCUCACGCCGCACCUGCUGUUGCUGUCGCCCCAGCCGCUGUGUCUUACCAGUCCCGUGUCGAUGUGCGCAGCAGCCCCGCUAUCGUGGCUCACGCUGCUCCCGUCGUAGCCGCUGCCCCCAUCGCACACUCUACCGUUGUAGCUGCCCCCGCUGUAUACGCCGCCCCCGCAGCUGCUGUGUCUCACCAGUCGCGUGUGGAUGUACGCACUAGCCCCGCCGUCGUAUCGCACACCGCCGUAGCUGCUGCUCCCGUCUGGGGUGCUCACUACCUCCACAAGCGUUCCCUGGGAUACGCCUGGUCUACACCCAUCGUUGCUCCUUCUGCGGUCUCUCACCAAUCUCGCGUUGAUGUAGUGUCCAGCCCAGCUGUGGUGUCUCACGCCGUGGCCGCUCCCGUGUACGCUCACGCUGCUCCCGUGUACGCUCACGCUGCUCCCGUGUACGCUCACGCCACACCCGUUGUCGCCGUAGCACCCGCCGCGGUGUCGCACCAGUCCCGCGUCGAUGUACGCACCAGCCCAGCUAUCUCCGUCGUGGCUGCCGCUCCCGUGGCGCACAGCUACAUUGCCGCCGCUCCCCUGGCGCAUGCCGCUCCCCUCGCGCAUGCUGCUCCCUUAGCGCAUGGUUGGUGA